UUUUAAUUGAUUACUCAAUCCUCUAUGCACCCGCUUUGAUAGUUAUGUCACUUUAGGAAGAUUACUCUUUUACCUUUGGUAUGGCAAACAUUUUCCACGUAACAUCGGCUUGACGAGCCACGAAGCCGAGCUCAAAUAGACGAGCCGAUCCCAUGUCCAUCGAUCGGGUGUCGUAUUUUAGCACACUCCCCAACCAGCCCCAACUUCAGUUUGGCAGCAGCAAUCACGCGAAUCAGUUCGAACCAGAAGCGAAACGAGACACACUAUCUAUCCGACCCACUGCAUCUAAAAAGGGGCAGAAAAACUAUGUGGAAAACGACCGCCGCUUGACGGUUGACGAAUUUCGGAAUAGUCAUCACCUUGAGUGCAGAUCAUCGGCUGGGCUAAUUGAAUCGGGAUCGGACAAAAAGUGGAACAGAAAAUAAUGAACGGACUGCAAUUUGGGAGCGCGGAUAGAGCUUGCCAAUUUUAUUGCUAAACAGCCGCGAACGCGACAAUCAGAGUGCUAAGUGCGCUAUCAAUCAGUCCAGUCGAAGGUCGGCUGCAUUGUCAUGGCUGGAUUGCCACUGCUGGUGACCUGGCUGAUGCUGGUGCUCCAGCUCCUCCAGCUGGAGGCCCACUACAUACAGAUCGACCACGAAGAGUUUCGGGCCAGCGGCUUCCCGCAUCCGCACUUUCCGCCGCCGCCUCUAACGCCGCUGGACCACCUGCCGCAGGUGCUGGCCGCCAAGGAGCUGACGCCCGCCGAGGUGAUGGUCGACCUGACCAACGACCUGACCCACCGCCUGCUCCACUACCACUCCAUCCUCAACCGCAACAACUUUGCCUUCUCGCCCACGGCUCUGGUCAGUGUGCUGGUGGCCCUGUUCGAGGGAUCGGCGGGCCACAGUGCCGAGGAGCUGCGUCAUGUGCUCCAACUGCCCAACAAUCGGGACGUGACCCGAGUGGGCUACCGCGACAUCCACCGACGACUGCGGACUUACUUCUUUGGCUCCGAUAAUCCCCUAAAAGGGCUCAGCUUGAACAAGUCCAAUGUGACGGUCCUCAAGGACUUUGAGACGGUUCUUAUGUUCUAUGGAUACGAUCUGAGUGUGGACAUGCUAUCCUCAACGCCAGCCAAUCUAACGUCAGAUGCCGAGAUGGUCAACACCACGAUGGCCAGCAAUGCCACGACCGUGGAAAUGGAAGCGGAGACCACGACGCUGAAGGAUGCAGAGAGCACAACGGAAGAGGCGGUCACCACGACCACGGAGGCACCGGCCACCACAACAACAGAGCCUCCAACCACCACAACGGAGGCGCCAGCGGAGACGGAGGCCACCACCGAAGCGCCAGCAGCAACGUCGGGCGAGGAGGAGGAGGCUGAGCCCGCUGGCGAAGAUGAGGCUGCCGAGCUGGUGUCCGCGUUUGUGGCCGAGGAGGACUCCGAGCCGCUGCUUCGCAUCCAGAAGGCCCGCGUCUCCCGACUGCCCACCAGCAAGCUGCAAGCGCCGCUCAAGCACUCGAAUCCCAUCACGCCGAAGCCCAUUUACUUGCCCAGUGUCCGGACGGCGGUCAUGCCGAUGAUGGCUCGUCAGGUGGCGGAGCGAAAGCCAUCGCCCACACGGCAGGUAAUUUCCAUUAUAGCUCCACAGGCAGCAAACAGCUCGCUGACUCGAAAGACGAAGAUGGCACGCCACAAGCGACACGCGUUGCCAGCCUACAAGGAUUUGGAUGCGAAUCUCUUCCUGACGCUCUUCAAUCCGCACACACAUGUGCCGCACCAUCCGCUGCACAUUCCGCCGCCGGUGCCCGCUGCUUUUGCCCCGAUCACCAAUGACUUUGAGCCACACUACGUGGGCGAGGCGGCCGAGGGCAAGUCCAACUACAACACGGAUGUGAUCAGCCACGUGUUCUAUCUGGGCAACCAGCAGGUGGUGCACACCACCUUCAAGGUGUACAACGCCGUGCUGUACUACAAGUACUUCGAGCACCUGAAGAUGAGCGUGCUGGAGCUGGAACUGGACACGCCGGAGUACAACCUGAUGAUCCUGCUGCCCGACUACCACACGGACAUCGUGGCCGCUGCCGCCUCCCUAAAGCUGGGUCCCACCCUCCGGCUGAUGCGAAAGCAGCUGAAGCCGCGCUGGGUGCAGGCCAUCAUACCCGACUUCAAGCUGCAUGGGACCAUGUUCCUGACCAACGAUUUGCAGAACAUGGGAAUCUGUGACGUCUUCGAGCCGAAUCGCGCCGAUUUUCGACCCAUGACUGACGAGAAGGGCGUAUACGUGCGGCACAUUGAGCAAUCCAUAGACGUCACCAUCCGUACGCAUCCAAUCAAUCAGCUGAAGCGCAACUAUGGCGCGCAAACGAAACCCAUUCAGAUCUCCGUCAAUCAUCCGUUUCUGUUUUUCAUCGUGGAUCGCGACCUGGACGUGGCUGUUAUGUCGGGCCGCAUACUGAAUCCGCUGAACGUGCGCAUCCAAUGA